AAGAAGAAGACGAGAGACAAUGAGGCGUGGAGACACCGGGGACACCCUGAGACGUGAGGACACCGGGGACACCCUGAGACGUGAGGACACCGGGGACACCCUGAGACGUGAGGACACCGGGGACACCGGGGACACCCUGAGACGUGAGGACUGCGUCUAUACGAGCUGCUACUGUGAAGAAAACGUCUGGAAGCUUUGUGAAUUCAUCAGAAGCGAGAAAACCCAGUCCCUGGACCAGCUGUCUGCAGUCUUCAUCUCUAAUGACAACAGAACGGUUCCUCUGUGGAAGCAGAAGUCUGGACGGACGGGUCAGCCGGUGAUCUGGGACUACCAUGUGGUUCUGCUGCAGACCGGUUCUGGUUCUGAGUCUCUGAUUUAUGAUCUGGACUCUGAGCUCCCCUUCCCCUGCAGCCUGGACCGCUACAUCCACCAGGCCCUCCGCUCAGACCGCGCCAUCCGGCCAGAGUACCACAGGAAGCUCCGAGUUGUCCCGGCUGACGUCUUCCUGUCCACCUUUGCGUCCGACCGGUCUCACAUGAGGAACGGGGACGGGUCCUGGAAGAUGCCGCCGCCACCGUACCCCCCCAUCUCCACCGCAGAGUCUCACAUGAAUCUGGACGACUUCAUCAGCAUGGACCCGGCGGCGGGCGGGGGGACGGUCUUCAGCCUGGACGGCUUCGUGCUCAGGUUCUCAGGAAGCUCCGCCUCCUCCUCCGCCCCCCCAGCACUGUGACCUCCUCGUCUUCAUCUUCGUCCUCUGGCGUCGGCUGUGACCCCCAGAUGACGACGUCAGAAUGAACUUGGAGGGCGCUGAGGGGCCGG